AUUAAGCUCCAUUGAUUUCGCUGUGCAUCUCUCUCUCUCUCUCUCUCUCUCUCUCUCUCUCACUUUACAGUGACAGUAGAGAGAGUGAGAUGGCAAAUGGAUACGCCAGCUCUUCCCAGAAAACAGACUACGUCUUCAAGGUCGUGUUGAUCGGCGACUCUGCCGUCGGGAAAUCCCAAAUUCUCUCGCGCUUCUCACGCAAUGAGUUCAGCUUGGAUUCUAAGGCAACUAUCGGCGUUGAGUUCCAAACUCGCACCAUGCUUAUCCACCACAAGUCCGUCAAAGCUCAGAUCUGGGAUACCGCCGGCCAGGAGAGAUACAGAGCUGUCACAAGUGCUUAUUACAGGGGUGCGGUGGGGGCUAUGCUGGUUUACGACAUAACUAAGCGGCAGACCUUUGACCACAUUCCCCGUUGGCUAGAAGAGCUGCGUGCUCAUGCUGACAAAAACAUUGUGAUAAUGCUAAUUGGGAACAAGACUGAUCUUGAAGACCAGAGAGCAGUGCCGACAGAGGAUGCUAGGGAAUUUGCUGAAAAAGAAGGCUUAUUUUUCUUAGAAACCUCGGCAAUGGAAGCAACCAACGUGGAGGAGGCUUUCGUGACAGUGUUGACAGAGAUUUUCAACAUUGUUAACAAGAAGAGUCUCGUUGCCGAUGAAGUGAACAGCAAUCCGGCGUCGUUAGCCGGUAAGAAUAUCCUCAUUCCUGGGCCAGCUCAAGUAAUCCCAGAAAGUAACAGGAUGUGUUGUAGAUCAUGAUUUUUUCAGUUUGGUAUGUCUUUUUUUUUUCUGGAAUUAAUUAUUUUUUUGAAUGAGCUGGGAAUCGUUUUUGUGUGUUACAUUUACAAUGAUCUUUGGUUAUUUGCAGGGAAGAUUUGAACUCUGUUUUGUAUACAUUAUUUUUUCUCUCUAUUAAUUCAAUUUACUUCUGUCUCAAACAAGACAGAUUGUGUA